AUGGCCCCUGAAGAAGAGGACGAGGACAGCCUGGAUGAGCGAGCCCGCCUGAAGGUGCUCGACGCCAAAGCCAAGGCUCGACCGGAACUCGACCACAUCGGAUGGAGCAUCAACAACUACCACAAAACUUUCAAAACAAACCUCGAGCUGGACAACUGCCCGCGCAUUGAUGUGCACAAGGUCUCGCCGGAGGAGUUUAUUGAAAAGUACGAAAAGAUCUACCGACCGGUGGUCAUAACGGGAGUGUGCAAUGAGUGGAAGGCCAACUACAAGUGGACCCUCGAUAAACUCGCCAAAAAGUACCGCAACCAAAAGUUCAAAUGUGGCGAAGACAACGAAGGCUACAGUGUCAAACUGAAGAUGAAGUACUUUGUGCACUACAUGACCCACAACGAAGAUGACAGUCCACUGUACGUCUUUGAUAGCACCUUCGGCGAGCACCAUCGCAAAAAGAAAAUCCUCGAAGACUACGAUGUGCCUAUUUACUUCCGCGACGACCUCUUCAAGUACGUCGGGGAGGACAAAAGACCGCCGUACAAGUGGUUCGUCAUGGGCAGCGCCCGCUCCGGCACCGGCAUUCACAUUGACCCGCUGGGCACCAGCGCCUGGAACGCCCUCGUCUCGGGCACCAAGCGGUGGUGCCUUUUUCCCACCAACACCCCCAAAGAGCUGAUCAAGGUGAAGCCGAGCGAGGGUGGCACCCAAAUGGACGAGGCCAUCACCUGGUUCACUGUGAUAUACCCGCGAACGCAGACGCCCGACUGGCCGGCACAGUUCAAGCCACUGGAGAUCAUCCAGAAGGCCGGCGAGACGGUCUUCGUGCCUUCCGGCUGGUGGCACGUCGUCCUCAACCUCGACAACACCAUCGCCGUCACGCAGAACUUCUGCAGCUUCACCAACUUUCCCGUCGUCUGGCACAAGACGGUCCGCGGCCGGCCGAGGCUGUCGGCGAAGUGGCUGGAGGCGCUGCGGGAGCAUGUGCCCGAGUUGGCCGCCGUCGCCGACCGCACUGAUCUCAACCAACCCACCGGCAUCGCCUCGGACAGCUCCAGCAGCUCCAGUAGCUCCAGCUCAGAGUCGGAGUGCUCCGAUCCGGAUGCAGGCAAAGAAACGAUGUGA